AUGCGUCAGGAAGGCACAGGGCUUUGGUUGUUAAAUUUGCCUGAAUUCCAACAUUGGCUAUCUGCGCCCAAACAAGUCUUGAUCUGUCCCGGCAUUCCAGGAGCUGGUAAGACGGUAAUGAGCUCAAUCGUGAUCCACUUUCUCAACACCACAUUUAGGAAAGAUGCCGACGUCAAGGUUGCAUUCUUGUUCUGCAGCUACCAAUCUCAGCAUGUGCAAAAGUCAGACGACCUGCUAUCAAAUCUUCUGAGACAGCUUGCGUACAGGAACAGCGGGAAGCUAUGUUCGCAUGUAGAAGACCCUUACAAAGAAAGACUCGCAGCUGAUUGGACAGCCCUGGAUCACGAGAAAAUGACCUCUGCACUAUCACAUACGGCACGCUCAUACAAGAAGAUAUUUAUCGUUGUUGACGGCCUUGACGAGCAUCUUCCUUCGAACCCAGAGGAGCGACGGCAACUACUGUCGGAACUUUUCAAGCUACAGAAUGACUUGCCAGUCAGCUUCGCGCUUUGUUUCUGA